AUGCAUCCUCCUACAACUACGGUUCCACUGCCUCCGCCCAACUGCGGCAAGCGACUACUGCCAGUCCUUAUUGACCAAAGAGCCGAAGCGAAGCACAGCCGACCUUUCUACUCAAUUCCAAAGACCAACAAACCGGCCGACGGAUUUCGGGACAUAUCUUAUUUCGAACUUGCAAAUGCUGUCAACAGAUGUGCGCAAUGGAUCGAGGAAAAUAUCGGACGUUCCACAGAGCACGAAUCGCUUGCAUAUUUGGGGCCAACCGACCUCAGAUAUCCAAUAUUGAUCCUGGCUGCGGUCAAGACUGGGCACGUGAUGUUCCUACCCUCCCCAAGAAACAGCAUGGAAGCCUUCACUUCUCUUUUGGAUUCCUGCAAGGCGACCAAGUUCAUUACAACGGCGAAGCCAAUGCCAAUGGUGGCAAAUAUUCUAUCGAACCGCUCCGAAAUGCAGAAACAUAUUAUCCCAGAGCUCGAGGUCCUCCUCGACGCAACGCCGGUUACCCCAGUCCCAUACGGGAAGACGUGGGCCGAAGCCCGGCUAGAUCCAUUCGUGCAAAUCCACACCUCUGGCUCUACUGGCAUUCCGAAACUCAUGACGAUCAAACACGGCAACUUCUGCUGCAUUGAUGCUUUCCAGGCUCUUGAAGCCAAUGAGCUGGCGCAGCGUUGCGGAGAUUUACGACUGUUCUGCAACUUCCCUCCGUUCCACGUUGCAGGUCUGAUCUAUAUUCUAGCAGUCGCGUGUUGGGUCGACAGCACUGUGGUUCUCCCUCCAGUGGGGCCCAUGACGGCGGAUGUGGUCAACGAUUGCCAUGUCUAUGGCAAUGUAGAGUUCAGCUCGAUACCCCCGUCGCUCGUUGUUGACCUCGCGAAGAACGAGGACUAUCUGGAAAACCUUAGUCGACUCCGAGGGCUUAACUAUGCCGGUGGACCGCUUCCAGAAGAUACGGGCUCAUUGAUCGCUCAACGGACAAAGCUGACGACCAAUAUCGGAGCCACCGAAUAUCAAACUGUUCCAUUGCUGCCGAAGGAGGUGGAAGACUGGCCAUACUUCAAGUUCAACGAGAAAGGUGUGGGCAUGGAGUUUCGCGAAAGAGACGAGGGUCUCUUCGAGAUGGUGUUCGUUAGGCGGCCGGAGCUAGACCUUGUGCAAGCCAUCUUCAUCACCUUCCCUGAGCUCCAGGAGUACAAUACGAAGGACCUCUUCCGAAAACAUCCGUCGAAACCAGGGCUAUGGAAAUACGUAUCUAGGCUCGAUGAUAUCAUUGUGUUGAGUAACGGAGAGAAACUCAAUCCAGUGACGAUGGAGAGUCUCAUAACGACCUCUCCUGACGUCAAAGGAUGUGUCAUCGUCGGACAAGGGCGAUUUCAGGCAGCCUGCUUGAUCGAACCUUCGGAUGAGAACGUUGACCGGGAACAGCUGCUCGAGCGAGUAUGGCCAUAUCUCCAGCGGGCCAACCAGCAGACCGUGAAACAUGGCCGAAUAGUCCGGGAAUUGGUCUGCUUCACCGACCGCGAUAGACCCCUUCCCCGCGCCGGCAAAGGAACAAUUCAACGUGCCGCAGCUAACAAACUGUACGCCGCGGAGAUCGCAGACGCGUAUCGCAGUAUCGACUCCGGAUCCACAACCUUCCGCAGCGGGCUUAUACAACUUGAUUUACACGACGUCCAAUCAACCAAAAGCUCUCUCUGCAAAUUCCUGCAAGACGUUCUCGAAGAUGACGACCUCGCAUACGACAACGAUUUCUUUUCGCAGGGCAUGGAUUCGCUGCAGCUGAUAAACCUGCUGAGAGCGAUCAACGACGCACGGCCCGAUGAGCCUAUCGAGGCUAAACAGAUCUACGAUCAUCCCACGAUUGCAAGCCUCGCUAGUGCGCUGCACGCUGGAGCCGCGGUGCACCAUUACGAGGAUUGGGAAUCCGACGACGAGGCACAAAAAGAGGCCUGGCUCGCUAUGGACGAAAUGUACAACGAAUACGUCGCGGAAGUCGGCAGGCCGAAGAGGACACCAAAGGAGAUAUUUCAAUCUUCGAACAGCGGCCCGGUAUUCCAGCCGGAUGGCGGCACUGUGGCUUGGCUGCAAGUGCUUGCUUCCUUCCUCAUUAACGUGAAUAACUGGGGACUCGUCAACGCCUUUGGUGUCUUUCAAGCGUACUACGAGACAGAUCUACUGCGGCACUAUUCAUCCUCGUCAAUUGCCAUUAUCGGGACACUCCAGGGUGCUCUUCUCUUGAUCGUUGGCUCGAUCUCCGGCCCUCUUUUCGAUGGCGGAUACUUCCAAUUCCUCCUCAUUACGUCAAGCAUCGGGCUGGUCUUCGCAAUCAUGAUGCUCAGCUUAUCGACGCAAUACUACCAGAUCAUGCUUUCUCAAGGGGUCCUCAUGGGCCUAUGCUCCGGCUUUCUCUACAUCCCCAGCGUAGCCCUUAUUCCCGUGUACUUCAAACGGCAUCGCGGCCUCGCCUUAGGCAUAGCAACAGGCGGAGGUUCCAUCGGCGGCAUCAUCUACCCCAUCGUCUUCCGCCGCCUACUCUCAAGCCUUUCUUUCCCCUGGGCAACGCGCGUAAUCGGCUUCAUCGCCCUAGUCACGCUCUCCCUCGCCACUCUCCUAACCAAACCGCUCGGCCCCCGCACCCGUCGCCAACUCAUCGACCUCUCCGCCAUAAAAGACAUCCCCUACCUCUUCAUGAUGCUGCACGCCUUCCUCAUCUACGCCGCCAUACUCGUCCCUUUCUUCCUCGCGCCCACAUUCUCCACCUCCGCCCUCCACACCUCGGACGACGCAGCUUUCUACACCCUGCCCAUCCUCAACGCCGCCCAGUUCCUCGGCCGCCUCAUCCCAGCCUGGUACACCGACACGCAUCCGCACUACCUGGGUCCGGAAGUCCUCCUCGCGCUCGCAGAACUCCUCGCCGGCGUUCUCGGCUUCUGCUGGAUCGCAGUGCACAACCUGGGCGGCUUCAUCCCGUGGAGCAUCGUCUACGGCUUCGUCUCGGGAAUGGUGGCGACGCUGCCCGCGAGCGUGCUUCCGUUUGUGCUGGAUAAUAUGGCGAUUUAUGGGACGCGGUUGGGCAUGCUGUAUGCAUGUGCGGGCGUGGGGCUGUUGAUUAGUACGCCGGUUGCGGCUGCGGCGGAUGGGGGCGAGGGCAGGUUUUUGGGGGCGCAGAUUUGGACUGGGGCGGUUUGUUUGGGGUCUGUGGGCUUUUUUGGGGUGUGUGGCGUGAAGGCUUGGAGGAGGAGGGGGUUGUAUGAGGGAAGGGGGAUUAGGGGAGGUGGGAAGGGGAGGGUGACGGAUAGGAGGAGAGUUGAAGGGGUUUGA